UCUUCUCCCACCACUAAACAGCAUCAUUCGACUGCACCCUGGUGGCUGUAUUUCGAAGCAGUUUUCGUGUUGUGCUAGUGACUGCUGAUGUGUGUCGUUCGACUUCCAAGUUAUUUUUCCAAUUUAUUUGAAAAAUGUUAAAAAAGUGGUCUACAGUAACAAUUGUGCACUUUUUAGAACUAUACGAAGAGCGACCAUGCUUAUGGAAUCACAAAUAUGAAUCGUACAAAGAUCGUAAUAUGAGAGAGCAUGCCCUUUUAGAAAUUGUAAAUUAUAUGCGGAAAAUAGUCCCCGACUGCAACUUGGCACUUGUUAAAGCAAAAAUUAGGAGUAUUAGAAAUGCAUACAUUAACGAAUAUAAUAAAAUUUUAAAAUCUCGGAAAAAUGGUGCGUCUGCAGAUGAUGUCUAUAAACCAACUGUUGGUUGGUAUGCUACAGCAGACAGGUUCCUGAAAUAUGUCGUGGAAACACGAGAAGCAAAGGACACUCUGGAAAAUGAGGGAUCAAUUGAUAUAAAAGAAGACAAUAUUUCUGUUCAUUCACCAGGGUCACCCAUGACAGAACAGCCACAACAGGAACCUCAGAGCUGUAUAAAAAGGAAGUAUCCUUUCCACAGCAAAGAACCAGAGAAAAGACCCAAGAGCAAUCAGAAAGUGGAAGCUGUUACAGAAGCUGUUGCGGUAUUAAGAGAAAUAACUGAAAAAGUGGAAGAACUGAAGCAGGACGAACUGGAUGCAUUUGGGAAAACAGUAGUAGCGUAUCUCAGAAAAAUGCCAGAUGAUGUUGCAUUGGACUGCCAGGCUGAAAUAAUAAACUACUUAAUUUCUCAAAAAAAGGCUUUGCUGCAAAGUGCAGAUGGAAGCAACAUUCACAGUGUAUCAGGUACUUCUGCCUCAUCAGACUGAAUAAAAUAAAUUAUAUUUUAAUGAAAA